AUGUUCGCCCGUUCAGAGACCUUUUUGAGGUAUUCGUUGCUUCUGUGUCGACCACAACCACCGGCAGCACUCUGUGAUGCCAAAGCGCUGGAGGAGCAUCCAGCCAAGCUGGCAGCAGCUAACUUGCGCGGGCGGCUGAUGGAAGCCCAGCGUGUAGCGCUCGCGAUGAUGCACGCUGCCUUCGGACGACGACAUCACGAUGCCCAGUGGAGGCUCAUCGUCCUGGCAUAUUAUCGUUUCAUUCUCCCGGUCCUCGCGCUCAGCGACGAGGAGGAGCGUGUGCUCCGCCUGGCGACAGGAGACCUGCGACCGCUGCCUACACAGCUACCCCCCAGUGAGGACUUGCUCGAUGCGGUGGCCUCGCUCGCCAUCGUUGGCAGGGUCAAUGUGAAUCCAAAGGAGUUGAUUGAGAAGAUCUUCCUGGAGAGAUGGCUGGGCGCGCUGGAUGUGCUUUUGCAGUCGACGCCUCGGGGUAGCCCUGCAGUUCAUCAUCCGGAGAUCGUCUCUGCGUUGGCGAAGACCUUAGUCUUCGCGGAGGAAGGUGACGUCCCCGAGGACACAAGGAGAUUGAAGACAACAGCGCCUGGAGAUUUGGAGCUUCGCGUGGGCUUACGCCGUAUUUUCCAGCCGGACGCCAAAGCCGCGUCGCCGGCACUCUCCCCGACGAACUCGCGCAAUGACCUCGGGGUCACGGUCGCCUGCUCGGCCGGACAUCGUCUCGUUUCAGACCUGCAGGUGAACAACUCUUGCGACUUCUGCUACGAGCACCGGACUCACUUCCGAUGUGCGCGUUGCGACUUCGAUCUCUGCGCUCGCUGCUGGGAGGAGAGGAGGCGAGACGAGAUGAACACAGGGAUAGCUCUGGCGAUCAUCGGCCGCCAUCGAAGCAGCAGCAAAACCGCCGUCGCCCUAAGGGACAUGGUGGUGGCGCAGCCGCUGGCGGGGCGAGCCCAGGAGCUGAGAGGGUACCUCCAGCGCCUGCGGCGCGAAGCAACCGGACUCGGGUCACCGCUGGCGCCCGAGGAUCUGCCAAGCUACACGGCUUUGCUUGAGGAGCGCUUUGAAUCCUCCUCCACGGCAGUCGUGCUGGGCAGUGCCGAGGUGCCAGAGAGCCUGGCUCUGGGCAGUGAUGCAUACUGUGGGCCGAAUGGCUUGUGCGACGCACCGAGCUUGGAGCCCGAGGAGGAGGUGGCAGAGGCUGAGGAGGAGCGGCUGCUCUUGGUGGCGAAGUGCGAUGGGGUGCUGAGCGCCUUGCUGGACGAGCCAAGAGGUAUCGCUGAGGGCCUCUUCAGCGAGAUCUGGCGCGACGAGGAUCAGCGCGAGGCGGUCCUGACACGCUUCGCUGCAGCGUGGGACGAACGCUACGCAGCCCGCGUCAAGAGCCUCUUCGAGGUCAGCGCGGACGCCCGGGAGGCGGCUUGGGCCUCCCUGCAACGGGCGCUGCUUUUCAACCUCCUGGAUGCCGCCGAGGCAGCCCACGAGUCCAUCGAAGUGGAGACACAGCACAACUACAAGUGCCACCAGAACGUGGUCUUCAAAGUCAUGUGCCGCUCAGCGUCCCGACUGCGUCUGACCUUCGACGGCCAGUGCCAGACGAGCGAGCAGGAUGCUCUGUCGAUCUUCGCCGACGCCAAGCUCAGCCGAAAGCUGGCUGUUUGCUGUGGCAAGCAGCCAGGCUUCGGAAGUGUGGUCCAGGUCUACGGAAACGCGGCGUGGUUCGUCUGGCGGUCGGGCAGCGACCGCAGGCGAAGUGACCGAGACACGGGCCACUGGGGGUGGCGGAUGAUGGUGGAUGUUGCUGCGGCCUCGGUGUUUAUCGAGUUGCACGUGUCCGGGUUGCGAAGGUUUGAUUCCAAGAGGCGCAUUUGGCGGAAGCAUCCUGAAACGGAAGACGAGUAA